AUGGCGACCAUGACCAUGACGGCCACCGAGCCCAAGGCCAAACACUCGCGCGUUCCCAAGGGCGUCAAACUUCCGCCGGAGAAUGAACGUUAUAUACGCGCCUGUGCCGACGUGGCCAGCGCCCUCGUCGAGGACUAUGAAAGCCAACUCGAUGGCAAGAAACCCAAAAAGGACCUCAAUCUCAACACCCUGCGCAACAACAUUGCCAAAAAGCAUUUCCUCAGCAACACACCACCUCUCACCGCCAUCAUCAAUGCCGUCCCCGAACACUACAAGAAAUACAUCUUGCCUCGCCUGAUCGCAAAGCCCAUUAGAAGUGCUUCUGGUAUUGCCGUUGUCGCCGUCAUGUGCAAGCCUCACAGAUGUCCGCAUAUUGCUUACACUGGAAACAUCUGUGUCUACUGCCCUGGCGGUCCCGACUCCGAUUUUGAAUACUCGACCCAGUCCUACACCGGAUACGAGCCCACCUCGAUGCGUGCCAUCCGCGCGAGAUACGACCCAUUUGAGCAAGCAAGAGGAAGAGUGGACCAGAUAAAGUCUCUUGGUCACUCGGUCGACAAGGUUGAAUACAUCAUCAUGGGCGGUACCUUCAUGUCACUCCCUGUCAGCUACAGAGAAGAGUUCAUCUCUCAACUGCACAACGCCCUGAGUGGUUUCCAGGCGACAAAUGUCGACGAAGCUGUCUUGGCUGGCGAGAUGAGCAGCACAAAGUGCGUAGGUAUCACAAUUGAGACGAGACCUGACUACUGUCUGGAUCAACACCUGAGCGAUAUGCUGCGUUAUGGAUGUACUCGUCUGGAGAUUGGUGUCCAAUCGCUUUACGAGGAUGUCGCCCGCGAUACCAACAGAGGUCACACAGUUGCAUCAGUCGCAGAGACGUUCAAGCUGUCCAAGGAUGCAGGCUUCAAGGUUGUAAGUCACAUGAUGCCAGACUUGCCCAAUGUCGGCAUGGAGAGAGAUCUGGAUCAGUUCAGAGAGUACUUCGAGAAUCCUGAUUUCAGGACCGAUGGUCUCAAGAUUUACCCUACGUUGGUUAUUCGAGGAACCGGAUUGUACGAGCUCUGGAGAACGGGUCGCUACAAGAACUACACACCCAAUGCACUGAUUGAUCUGGUUGCUCGCAUUCUGGCUCUGGUACCGCCAUGGACUCGUAUCUACCGUGUACAGCGCGAUAUUCCCAUGCCUCUUGUCACAUCGGGUGUUGAGAAUGGCAACCUGCGCGAGCUGGCUCUGUCCCGUAUGAAGGACUUUGGCACGACAUGUCGCGAUGUACGCACUCGCGAGGUCGGUAUCAACGAGGUGAAGAACAAGAUCCGUCCGUCGCAAGUCGAGUUGGUCCGCCGAGACUACACAGCAAACGGAGGAUGGGAGACUUUCCUGGCUUACGAGGACCCGAAGCAAGACAUUCUGAUUGGACUGUUGCGUCUACGCAAGUGCAGCUCAACGCAUACCUUCCGUCCGGAACUCACUGGACAGCCUACAAGUUUGGUGCGCGAAUUGCACGUUUACGGAUCGGCGGUGCCGGUCCAUGGACGUGACCCCAGAAAGUUCCAACAUCAGGGCUAUGGUACACUACUCAUGGAAGAAGCUGAGAGGAUCGCGCGUGACGAACACGGCAGCGAGAAGCUCAGUAUCAUCUCUGGUGUUGGAGUACGCAGCUACUACGCCAAGCUCGGCUAUUGGCUCGAUGGACCGUACAUGAGCAAAUGGCUGAAGCCCAAGGACGACGAUGAGAGUGAUGAUGGUUUUUAG